AUGUCUCCGCGGGCCACUGGGGGCAACCAAGGAGUGAUCCAACACGGAGUGGUUCGUGAAUCGGCCGAAGAAGAGAGAACCAGCAACAGGAUGCAGCCCGGUCUGAGUCAGGGGCACAGGUGCACGCUCGCCAAAUUUGACAACUUUCGCAUCCCCUUCACCCAGCCCAUCAUCGAUGUCUCCAUGUCCGACUUGUAUCCAUCAAUCGCGCAGUGCGCCGUCGUGGCCACCGCCUUGAAGGUGCUACUAUUUCCUGCCUACAAGUCGACCGAUUUCGAGGUUCAUCGAAAUUGGCUGGCCAUCACUCAUUCUUUGCCCAUCAAAGAAUGGUACUUUGAGAAAACAUCCGAGUGGACUCUUGAUUAUCCUCCCUUUUUCGCCUACUUUGAAUGGUUUCUCUCCCAAGCCGCCGCGUCUAUUGAGCCGGCACUACUCAACGUAAAGGCCUUGGAGUACGACAGCUGGCAGACAGUGUAUUUUCAACGCGCAACCGUCAUCCUCACUGAACUCGUAUUGGUCUAUGCCUUGCACCUGUAUGUGAAGGGCUCAGCUUCAAAAAGGUCUGCCCAUGCAGCUGCGCUUUCUAUCUUGUUGUCUCCUGGGCUUCUUAUCAUUGAUCAUAUACAUUUCCAGUAUAAUGGCUUCAUGUAUGGCAUCCUCGUCCUCUCACUAGUCCUUGCCCGUAACAGUUCGACUCUUCUUCUGAGUGGCCUAAUUUUCGCGGUGCUUCUCUGCUUCAAGCACAUAUAUCUAUACUUAGCACCAGCCUACUUUGUGUAUCUGCUGCGAGUGUACUGCCUUAGUCCUCGGUCGUCCUUCCCAUAUUUCCGGGUCCAAUUUUUCAAUUGCGUCAAACUCGGCGUCGGUAUUGCCGCCAUCUUCGCUGGAGCCUUGGGGCCCUUUGCCCUAUGGGGUCAACUGGAACAAGUCUUUCGCCGCUUGUUCCCAUUCUCAAGAGGUCUGUGCCAUGCAUACUGGGCACCGAACGUUUGGGCCAUGUAUUCGUUCACCGAUAGAGUGCUGAUUUAUUUGGCACCCUACCUUGGACUGAAGGUCGACCGAGAUGCGAUUAAUAGUGUCACUCGAGGUUUGGUUGGUGAUACAUCAUUUGCAGUCCUUCCUGAUGUGGCGCCCUUUACAUGCUUUAUCCUGACUUUAGCUGCGCAAAUUCCUUUUCUCAUACGACUGCUUGUGAAGCCUUCUUGGGACGGUUUUGUUGGAGCUGUAACACUCUGCGGCUAUGCUUCAUUCCUCUUCGGCUGGCAUGUUCAUGAAAAAGCAAUCCUUAUUGUCAUCAUUCCUUUCAGCUUGCUCGCGCUCAAGGAUCGGAGAUACCUUGGCGCGUUUCGACCGUUGGCUGUAGCCGGCCACGUAUCCCUUUUCCCCCUUCUCUUCACCGCAGCCGAGUUCCCCGUGAAGACAGUGUACACCAUCCUUUGGCUUGUUCUGUUCCUCUUAGCAUUUGACCGACUCGCACCUGCGUCUUCCCAUCCUCGAGUCUUUCUUCUUGAUCGCUUCUCACUUGUUUACAUCGCCUUCUCGAUACCCCUUAUUGCGUAUUGCUCCCUACUUCACGCAUUAGUUCAAUACAAGCGUAAACCGGUGAAGUUUGACCAACCUCCACCCUCCCUGGACGACAAUGCCGAAGUUUGGGUCAUCGAGGCGACUGGAGAAGUCUUCACUGACUAUGAGAAAUACCUAAGCCGGCGCGACUUCUAUCUUCAGAAGUCGUUCACAUGCGAGUCGACGGGGCAUACAGGCUAUACCUUCUUUGAAGCAAUCGAGAGCGAGACUGAGGCUUCUAAAGAGAUCAACAGCAUAUUUCCUGAAGGCCUGCGAUCCCGUGUCCUCGCUUUCGUGCAGUUCCAGAACACGGCUCGGAUGGAUGACUUGGUCAACCUUGUCUUCGAUCAUUUUCGAGAGCACUACAUGGUUGGCGACCGCGUUUCUGUCGAACAUGAAGGUCUCCGCCGUUAUGGGGUCAUCGCGCAAAUGCAGGAUACCUCCAGGCUCCACACAAUCUUCUCCGGCCAAUCAGACGAGCAGUUUCGGUCAUACACUUACCACAUUACUCUAGAGGGCUCUGGUGAACAGCUUACAAAGUACAAGGCUUCUGAGCUUCAGCGCGACCGGCGAGUCUAUUCUAAGCUCGUCUUGAAACAAUUUCUCCGGAGUGCUGUUUCUAGGGAGGCGUGGAACGGGGCCCCAUGGAUGGUUAAAGAUCACCUCGCAAAGAGGUACAACAUCAGCACGAAGGUUCCUGAGACGAAGACUCGCGACGCUGUUAUUGCUGCAAAGAAAGCACAGAAUGCCGCCAAUGCCAUCAGUAACUCUAAUCAUACCGCUCCCUCGACAUACCCCCUUAGCAUGUCGAACAUGCCAAAUGGUCCAGAUACUUCUCAAGGGCAUCCUAUAUCAAGACCGCCAGCACCGGGAGGGCAAACCACAUUUGUGAACUUCUCAGCAAAUGCUCAACCGCAAUACCACCCCGACCAAGAACGCCAGAUGACGGGUCCUCCACUACCUGAACCUGUAAGAUCUCACCCAUUCCCGCCUAUGAACGGACGGUUACCACCAUUUAUGCCGUCGGUGCAGCCGCCUCAGAUGUACCAACCCCUCCCUCCACAUCUUGCCCAUCACCUGACCCAACACAUGCCACCGCCAGGGGCGGGUUUACCCAUCAGCCUCCCCUUCCAGAACAACUUCAUGCAAUAUCAAACUCUUGCUCCUACGAAUCUCCCCCAACAGCAAGUAGCGCCGCCAAGCAGGGCUUUCGAAGCCGUCAAGUAUCCGUGCGAGGAUUUGGAGAUCCGAGCGCCACGUCUGAGUUCCGAGCGACCGCCACUGAAGUUCUUCUCUGAUGACGUCCCUGAAGGUGUUGAUCCACCCGAGACAAAGACUGGUAUAUUGAUGAAGAGUGUUGGCCCACUUUUGUGUACCUGGGACACCUUGAACGUUCACGACCUCAUCUACUCCUUGGACUCAUUCACGCUCGAUGACUUUGUCCGUGCGAUGCGGUUUUCGUCGGAAGAGGUAGAAUGCGAGCUUCUCGUUGAGGUCCACUGCUCGGUAUUCAAGCAAAUUGUCGCCGAAUCGGGCAAGCUUCAAGCACCCUUGCCGAAGGUCGAGGACUCCGAUGAAUCCGAGAAUGAAGAGUCUAGCAAAACCACAAGCCCCGAACCUGAACCCGAACCAGAGCCUCCAGUGCGAACUACCCGAAGUAGCCUGAGGAAAUCGGAGAUCCUGGUUAAGCAGCGGACGCCCACCCCAGAGCCACCAAAGCAACUGCACAAGGCUGCUGAAUUCCUAGCAGAGUUCGAUUGGAUUGAUCAGUGCAAAGUUCGCAAUUUUAGGGAAGGCGGAUGGCAGGCGGUCCUUGUCGGCCUCCUUUAUGCUCUUUCUUUCAACCCUCUGCAAAAAGAUGCCUGUGAUCAGAUCUUGGCUGAGCUGGUUCCCCCAGACGAUGAACCUUCGAUGGAGAACAUAGCUCGAAAUUAUGUGUAUCUCGAUGUUAAUUUACGGAUCACUGCUUUAGAGAUGGCCUUGAGACUGACCGUAGCUACGGAGACCUUUCGCGAACAGCUCGCCACUGCUGGCCAAGAUAUGACUCGCCUCCGGAAAGAAAAGAUUGAGUUUCAGAAGAAGCGGAAAGAAUUGGCCGACGAGCUUUUUAAGUUGGAUAAUGAGCGGAAGAUCCAAUAUCCUAACAACAUGCCCAUUUCUCCAGUUGAUGCAAAGGAGAACCAAGACUUCCCUAUGACUGGUACCGAGGAAGCCAAGGAGGAAGCAGAAGCCGCCAGCGAGUCUUCAGAGGAGCCUCGAGCUGCCAACCGGAAGCUUCGCCACACUAAGCAGAAUAAGCGCAAGCGUGAAGUGGAGGCUGCCAAAAAGGAGAGGGCGAAGAAGAAGAAAGCCGAGGCAGCCAAAACCAAGGCGCAGCUCGAAUGGGACAAGUUACUCGUUGAUAUCGAGAAGAAAAAGGAGGAGUUAAAAUCCUGUGAGGCUAGUAUCACCGAGCUGGAUGAAGACCUCCGCGAGGCGCUAGUAGCUCGAAGCAGGCUCAUCGGAAAAGAUCGCUUCAUGAAUAAGUAUUACUGGUUCGAACGUAACGGAAUGCCAUACGGAGGUGUUCCCCAGAGCUCCACUGCAGAAUAUGGUUAUGCUAAUGGUCGGCUUUGGGUUCAAGGACCCGAUGAACACGAGCUGGGACCGAACCUGGUGGAGCCAGCUUUGACCCAAGACCAUGAGAGGUUCGGCUUUACCAUUCCUCAACGCAAGGAGCGCGAGGAAGGCUCAACGCAUCUAUCGAAGUCUACAGAGUGGGGUUAUUACGACGACCCUGCUGAUCUCGACCGGCUCCUAGCUUGGCUCGAUGACCGCGGCGUUCGGGAAAAGGCACUCCGCAAAGAGCUGACACUGUACAAAGACAAGAUUGCGUUCCGUAUGGGCAAGAUGAAGGAGCAUCUCACAGAGGCUGAGAAGUCUAAAGCAGAGGGUGAAGAAAAUGGAACGCGCGUCUCCACCCGGACGAAGACGUACGUCGAGAAGGAUGUCACCAAAGACCGCUGCCUGCUAUGGACUAAUAGCAUUAUGAGGGGCGAUUUAGGCUACAGCCACAUGGAAGAGUACGAACCGCCUAAAAAAACGAAGAGGGGCACUGCAAAAGUUACCAAAAGCAAAAGCCAUGUCGACACCUCCAAGAAUAGUCAGACUGAGCCUUCCUCACCCAUCAUAAACCCGCUUGACCAGAAGACCCUCGCCGCGUUUCCUACCGGUCGACCGCUGGAAGACAAACUGGAUACUGUGCAAUGCAAGCAUUGCCGCCGGCCCAUCCUCCGCACCGUUGCUGCAGGCCACAUCCGGGAAUGUUUGAACAAGAAACAAGAGAAACUCAAGAAGAAGAAGGAGGCGAAGGAAGCCAAGGACGCAGCGCUCCGAAAAGAGAAGGGCGAGAAAGAUGACGACGAAGGUGGUAAGAACAACGCCCGCAAAUCUGCCGUGAAAGGUGCCGUUGUUGACGGCGAAGGUGCAAAGAAGGGGAAGAAGAGGAAGAUCGAUGGCGAUGCGGAGAAAGCUCCGAAUGCGAAGAAGAAAAAGAAGGACGAGCCGAAGCCCAAGGCGGCGAAACCUAAGGGACCUGUCGAUGUCGAGAAGCAGUGUGGUGUCGCACUUCCGAAUGGUAGUUUCUGUGCUCGGAGCUUGACAUGCAAAAGCCAUUCUAUGGGACUCAAGAGGGCCGUGCCAGGAAGGAGUCUGCCGUAUGACAUGCUAUUGGCACAGUAUCAGAAAAAGAAUCAAGCGAAGCAACAACGUGCUGCUAUCGAUGCCAACGCUCCACUACCCGAAGAUCUUGAACCAUCAGGGGCUGUCGACUCCGACGAAGAAAAAGAGGCCAUCAUGACUGCCCUAGCACGUCACAGGCCACGACCAAUCGCAACCUUCACUCCAGUAUCGCAGAAGUCCAAGUACCAAUACAUCCGCAUGAAGGACAUGCUCCGGUCAGCCCUUGGUGCACCACACGGUGGCUCCAUCUUCUCAAACGUACCAUCGAAUGGUGAACAUGUGGGAACCAGUAGAGGUCUCGCUCUGGGAAUGAUGGGUGCGCCUCCAAGUGCCACUUCUGAGAAUUUUCCAGGUAGCGCAGGCGGUAUGGGAGGAUUUCCCCCUCCACCAAGUGCCGGAUUGGAUGGUCAGUCUGUUUCCGGCAUGAAUCCUGGUAGUAGGCGACAAAGCUCGAUUGGUAUGGGCGUAUCCGGGAGUGCGGGCCCACGACAGAUUCUACCCGGACAGUUACCAGGCCCUGGACCGCAGCAGCGGAAGGGUAGUAUGGCUAGUGUUGCUAGCGUUGGUGCUUCUUAGAAUAGCUGACACUGUCUCUUGCCGCCGUCCUGCGAUCGGCCAGGUAGGAUUCAGGCUCUGUUCCAAGGUCGUGUUUUUAGGUAGUUCGGGAUCUGCACUACGGAUACGGUCUGUGUACCUAUCUGAGGUUCUAUGAGCGGUUUCACGUGUAUAUGAAGCAUCGGGAUGGCAUUUUUUCUGGUUGGCGGCACCGACAUGACUUGGUAUGUCGUGGCUAUAGAAGGUUCUUCAUUGGGUGCUAUUGAGAUACCCCCUUUCCGUAUUACAGUCGCUUGUACGAUUAGAAUGCUGAUUAAUGCUCUUAACUUCAAGGGUGGUAUAGGUGUGGCGUUUAG